GCUUUGUAUAGUACUGCUUCAGUCCUCUUUCAUAUACAAAACAGUAUAGCCACCACAACGUCUCUGGACACUCUUUAAUAUAUUCAAAAUGACCGAAUAUGACGAAAAUCUUGGCCUGGCCGCUCGCGCCCAGCAGGACCUAAAUAGCUACAGAGCUAAACAAAGGCCAGGAACGCAGAGUGACUCGACCCUCGAAUCCGGCGUCGAUCAAAGAGCAGAAAACAAAUUCCCCCAAGGCGGCAGUAUCCGGUACGGUCGAGAAGCUGCUGCCGCAACGGGGAGCAACCGGAAACCCAUCCCGGAAGACGAGGGUGGAGUACGUGAUGAUCGUGGGAGAAUGUCGCACGCGAAGGAUUUCGAAGGAGGUGGUGGUCCAGAGGACAAGAUACGGAUUGCAUCUGAGCAGCGUCCUGGUGAUGACCGUAGUUUGAAUACUCGGGAGUUGAGACAAAAGAGGAUUGAUUGAGUCAAGUUAGGGCCGACUGUAUUCUUUAGGGGUGAGGAGUCGGAGUGAGAUUAUAAUUAUUUCAGGCGGUCUAUGAAAUGGGGUUAAAAUUGAAUGUCAAAACUUUGACAGUUAAAACCUGAU